CAGGUGGCAAGUAGAUUGAUCUGUGUUUACAACUCCAGAGCGACAGCAAAGCACAGCAAAAUUAGGUUAGGAGGGUGCGAAGCCACAUCACUGCAAACCUUAAGAAGCCAGGAAUCCCAUUGGAACGAUGUCAGAGUCCUCGCCAAAAGAUACCCUCUCUGCUCUCAACGAGUCACUCGAUGCUCUAGAAGCUGCUCUUGCACCUUUAGAAGCCAAGCCGUGGUCACAAACUGUUGAAAAAUUGUCACCGUUGGAGAGAACGAAAAUGGAUGUUCUGGGUGCCUACUUAAUCAAUGACCUUGUGUGGGUGUACUUGAAAACGAAAGGAAUUGAUCCAACAAAGCAUGACGUGACUGCUGAACUCGAACGGAUAAAAACAUAUUAUUCCAAAGUCAGCUCCGCUGAGGGGCACGAAGAGAUUCGUCCCAAAGUCGACGCUGCCGCUGCCCACCGCUUUGUCAGCAGCUCCAUCCCUCGUACCCAACAUCUUCCGCCAACCACAUCGGCCGAGCUAGCGGCUAACCAACGAGCUUUGCGCGUAGCUGAAGAGGAAGAAGAAGAAAGUAUCAGGAGACUGGGCAAACCUUCCCGAUUUCGUCAUAUCCAAGAGCGAGGACAGUUGAAGCUCAUCCCAGGACAAGAGGUGGAGACAAUCGGCGACGAAGAUGUUAUGAUAGGAGGUGAAGAUGGGCAAAGAGAAGCCGAGAACUUUUUGAGAGAGUUUGCGAAUGAAAUUGAAGGGAGAUAAUGGUCAGUAGCUUAGAUUCACUGUAUAACUGUACGGAUGGACAAUCCACUUGCAUGCCGCUUGAAUUUCAAUUUUUGUACAUAGACAUACGAUGCAUCC